AAUUACUCUAGAAGGAAGAAAGGGCAACUGAUUUUGAGAUUUCUAAGAAGGAAAAAUGGGUGCAGGGCAGGCGAUGAAGAGAAUACCACGCAUCAAAUUUCCUCGAAGGCAUCCCAAACCCACGCCCUCGGGUACAGGCCCCCAGCAUCAAGAAACAUCGGGAGUUGGGCAUGUUCCACAAACAUUUUUUUCAAGGUCUCCAUCCAGCAUGAGUUUGGGUGGAAAGGCUUCUGACCAGCCGAGAAGGACACCAGUGUCACAAGAGGAGAUUGAAGCUAUCUUGUUGGGUGGAUGUAUUUGAACUUCUGAUGGAGCCUGCCUUGCAAGAUACCAAAAACUUUGAUCAAAUUAUUGCCAUCCUAUAUACCAUUUGAAAUGUGGAGAAAUUGAUUGAUUACUUUUAUCUUGUAACAGAAAGAUCAUACCUUAUCUAACUUUAUGAGAUCAGUUGCUGUCUUUGUUUGCUGGACGUUACAUUGGAGAUUCUCUAUGACAAUCUUUGCAGGAGGAAUUUGAUUUUACUAAUUUGAACACUCAAUUUCUGUGCAUUAUAGUCAGAAUUUGAAAUGAAAUCUGAGACAUUGUAUUUACAAAGCCAUAUUUAUUCU